GCCAUUUUGGCUCAAGCCAUUUUUGCUCAAGUGUGGUUGACACGCAGCCAUAUCGCGCCACCAGUUUAGGGUUGUCUCGCCAGCCGAGCUUUCGCCAUGUUCGGUCUGUGUAAGUCCACGCCGAAAUCCCAGGCAACGGAAGUCGUGGGAGCGGCGAGGGCCGACGUUGUUGGGGCGGCGGAGGCCGACGUCACUCGGGAAGAUGUGAUCGCUGUGCAGAACGCAUGGGCGGGCGCGAUCAAACACAUUUCGAAGAUUUACAAGGAGAACGGCGACUACGUCCAGGCCGCUGCUACCGCAGCUGGUGAGCUCUACGCCUACGGCAAGUACGACGUGCUUUUCAAGCCGACCAAGGCUGCCCAGCACCAGUUCCGGCCCAAGGCCGAGGAGGCCAUGUCCUAUUUUGUCGGCUGCAAGGCUGUCGAUAAUGGGUACGAUGAAGACGGCGGUUUUGCGAUCAAUGGUGGCAAGGGCUGGUCAGAUUGCGUGUACGGCAACCACCAGAUCGAUCUCAAUGGUCAUGUCGCCAUCGCCAUGGGCAACUAUUACUUCACCUGCGCAACAACUGGAGAGAAAUCCAAAGUCGAGUACACCUUUGGCUACCAACGCUGCGACGAUGGUAAGGUUCGCAUCUUCCUGCACCAUUCGUCCGUGCCAUACGCCGUCUCCAGUAAAGCAGCGGACCCCAAGGCAAAUAUGGCGGCCAGCACAGUAGCGGUCACCAGGGAAGAUGUGAUCGCUGUGCAGAACGCAUGGGCGGGCGCGAUCAAACACAUUUCGAAGAUUUACAAGGAGAACGGCGACUACGUCCAGGCUGCUGCUACCGCAGCUGGUGAGCUCUACGCCUACGGCAAGUACGACGUGCUUUUCAAGCCGACCAAGGCUGCCCAGCACCAGUUCCGGCCCAAGGCCGAGGAGGCCAUGUCCUAUUUUGUCGGCUGCAAGGCUGUCGACAAUGGGUACGCUGAGGACGGCGGUUUUGCGAUCAACGGCGGCAAGGGCUGGUCGGAUUGCGUGUACGACAACCACCAGAUCGCAUUCAAGACCGAUGUCGCCAUCGCCAUGGGCAACUAUUAUUUCACCUGCGCAACAACUGGAGAGAAAUCCAAAGUCGAAUACACCUUUGGCUACCAACGCUGCGACGAUGGUAAGGUUCGCAUCUUCCUGCACCAUUCGUCCGUGCCAUACGCCGUCUCCAGUAAAGCAGCGGACCCCAAGGCAAAUAUGGCGGCCAGCACAGUAGCGGUCACCAGGGAAGAUGUGAUCGCUGUGCAGAACGCAUGGGCGGGCGCGAUCAAAAACAUUUCGAAGAUUUACAAGGAGAACGGCGACUACGUCCAGGUCGCUGCUACCGCAGCUGGUGAGCUCUACGCCUACGGCAAGUACGAUGUGCUUUUCAAGCCGACCAAGGCUGCCCAGCACCAGUUCCGGCCCAAGGCCGAGGAGGCCAUGUCCUAUUUUGUCGGCUGCAAGGCUGUCGACAAUGGGUACGCUGAGGACGGCGGUUUUGCGAUCAAUGGUGGCAAGGGCUGGUCGGAGUGCGUGUACGACAACCACCAAGUCGCAGUCAAAAGUAGUAUUGCCAUUGCCAUGGGCAACUAUUACUUCACCUGCGCAACAACUGGAGAGAAAUCCAAAGUCGAAUACACCUUUGGCUACAAACGCUGCGAGGAUGGUAAGGUGCGCAUCUUCCUGCACCAUUCGUCCGUGCCGUACAUCGCCGUGCAAGCGAAGGCCCCUGCUGCCGAACCCGAUGUGACGUUAAUCGGUGCGUAAGAGGCCCGUAUGAUUCCUGCCAGCAAGUCUGCAUCCAAGAGGCGUUGAGCUUCCACUCGUCUUCGUGUGCAUUAUGGUUUCGCGCUCUCCUCCCCAUUCCCUGGGGCGGUGUUUGCGCCUCAGAACUGUUCCGCUAGGUCUAUCUCGCUAGCGAGUCUUAAGUUAACCGGGUGUUCGAUGAGCGUUCUCGCCCCCAUCUUUUCCCCAAACAAAUCUUUCAUUCUUCCUCUCUCUCUAUAUAUAGAGUCGCCGUCGCAAAUUGUAUUUUUCCAUCCCGGAGCAGGCGCUGUAUAGCGCGUCCAUCGCCGUCGCACAUGGUACUUUUCCAUCCCGGAGCAAAUGGUUCUUCCCCAUCCCGGAGCAGGCGCUGUGUUGCGCGUCCAUCGCCGUCGCAAAUGGUAAUUUUCCAUCCUGGAGCAGGCGCUGUAUAGCGCCCGCCAUUUGCGGCUCCUCGAGGGCGGGGCGGCGCGGCCCUCCCUGCGGAUGGUUUAUUGCCCUCGUUUGCAUUCCUCUUUUGCCUGCUGCUCAGGUUGUCGAAAGUCGGACGUCGAGAUCCAACGCCGAGAGGCAGGGGUCUGGCUCCGCUGGGCCGUCUGGCCCCUCCUCCCCCCUCCUGGAGCAGGCGCUGCACAGCGCGUUCAUCGCCGUCGCAAGCGGUGUUUUUCCAUCCUGGAGCGGGCGCUGUAUAGCGCCAUUUUCGGCUCAAGGGCGGGGCGGCGCGGCCCUCCCUGUGGAAGUGGGGCUGCGCGUGCACGCCCUCGGCCUGCUGCAGGCCACCAGUCGAAUGAGAACUGACGGAGCGCGCUCGCUCGCCCCCUUGUGCUGAUGUCGCUCCUCCAUAUCCUCGCCAAAGCGCUGCGGACUCCACGAGCCGAUAGCUGGCGUGGCGGCUGGACUUGGCGGGUGCCGAUGGUCAGACGGGGUUUGGUUUCGCGACGCUUUCGCCGUCAGUUUGAGCAGCCUAUGCGUAAGUCCGCGAUUCGUGAGUUUUAGCGGACCGCCCCUGGGAGUCAAGCUUAGGUGCGCUUGCUCAGGCAGCGCGUCUCGAGUUUGCUUGCGAGGUUUGUCGCGGCGGCAGUGGUUGCGAGCCGUCGUGCGCACCGCCCGCGCUCCCGAGUGCAGCGCGGCGACCGCGUGCGCGCGUCUUGGCUGCGUGCGCUGUUUUGUAGAGCGCGCUGUGUGUGCGUGCACUACUUCACAUGCUCGCCGCUGAGUUGCAGUAGGUUGGAUCUGCCAAGCGCCGCCCGCAGUGCGAGGCGCGUAGCUGCUUGUUUUUCUCUGCGAAUUGAUGCCAACCAGGCUCCGGCGUCGCGCCGAUUCCAGGAGGCCGACGGAGUCCCCCCCC